CUUCCAUCAGCUGGCACCGACGAUUGCCCGCUCGCCCCGUUGGUCGUCCAUCUUCGAGACUUGCACCUCACACGGCAUCCCGCCAUCAUGACGGAAAAUCCACCUCGCCCGCGUUCUUGCAUCCCAACCUUUUCGUCCGCCGCGAUGGAGCAACGCUGCGCCAUUUCAACUUGAAGUUGUUCAGCCUCUUUGGGGGCCUGAGCCUACCAUUCGCCUCCGCCACUCGCUCAUUGCCACUCGCUCAUUGCCACUCGCUCAUUGCCACUCGCUCAUUGCCACUCGCUCAUUGCCACUCGCUCCAUCGCAUUCACAUUUUUCUUAGGAAACCCUCCGACUGUGCUGCGAAAAUACAUUCUCCUCGAGGCUCCUCGUGGAGGGCUCGGAUCAUAGUUACAACUGCAUCUGCUCAACGCCACGAGCAAUGUCGACGUCGACGUUCCCGUCCGCGUCAACGUCCUCCUCGUCGUCCUCGCUUACCUCUUCCUCCGCUUCCAGCCGCAUGGAAGGACCUACUACUACCAAUGCCUCAUCGCUCACAGCGACCACCAUGAAGGUGGCCACGUCGCCGGCGGCGGCUGCGACGGGCGGCGACGCGGUGUGCGACUGUCCGCUGCGUCGCCACAACGUGAGGGUUAUCGGGACCGGGAAGACGACGCUACUGCUGUCGCACGGCUUCGGCACCAACCAAAAGAUCUGGGACGGCGUGCUGGCUCACCUGGACCUGCAGCACACCUUCCGCGUGGUGCUGUGGGACCUCAUGGGCGCGUUCAGCACCACGCCCGCGUCGUACGACUUCCAGCGCUACGCGUCGCUCUUCUCGCACGCGGACGACCUCCUGGAGGUGCUGGACGAGCUCGCCGUGGACGGCGCCGUGUGCGUGGGCCACAGCGUCAGCGGCAUGGUCACGCUGCUCGCCAGCCUCGAGAAGCCCAGCGCCUUCACCCGCCUGCUGCUGCUCGGGUCCUCCCCCAGGUACCUGAACGAGCCAUCCUCGGGGUACAUCGGAGGGUUCAACCCGGGCGACCUGGACCAGAUCUUCCUGGCGGUGCGCGAGAACUACAUUGCGUGGGUGUCGGGCUUCGCGCCGCUCAUGGUGGGGCGCGCCAUCAGCAGCCGCGAGGUGCGCGAGUUCAGCGAGACCAUGCUGCAAGUGCGCCCGGAUAUUGCUCUCAGCACGCUCCGAACCGCGUUCCAGGCCGACUACAGACACCUGCUCGGACGGGUGUCCUGCCCCGUGACGGUGUUAUGCACAGAGAGCGAUGCCGCAGUGCCCGUGCAAGUGAGCCAGUAUCUGAGGGACGCCAUUCCAGGGGCGUGCAUGGAGCUGCUGCCCACGCAGGGCCACCUCCCCCACCUCACCCAUCCAGCUGUCGUCGCCCAAGCCAUCCAGCGCCACGCUGCCGCUCCGCAUUGAACCCCGGUGCAUCGCACUACCCUGCACUGCACUGCACACAAUACCGUGUAGAGGCAAACGAACGGCCGGAAGAGGUGAGGUGAGCUGUGCUGGCCUGGCCUGCUCUCUACUGUGUGUGAUGUGACGAACCCCUGCCAGGGGUAGCAGAAGCUCGCCCAGCAGGUGGCCAUUACAAGCAUGCAUGCUCAUCACCAUGCCCUUACCAUUAUCGCCCAUGCAGUGGACUACCCGCCCGGGGUCCACUAUAGGGACGGAGGAGGGGGGAGGGGAGGGGACGGUUUGUAAGUCAUCAACUUGGUGUCUAAACCCCCUAAGGAGUUGUACACGAGUUAACACGGGAAUGCAUGACAGUUGACUAUUGUAGACAGAAUGCCAUUUAGUGAAGUAUUUUUAUUCAGGAUGGACGCAUGGUCGUCCUAAAGUGUGAUGCACAAUCUCUGUAUUGGCAACAGCAGUA